UCCAGGAGAAUCCGGAAUGAAGCGGAGGUUGAGAGACAGAGUAUGGUGGCCAGGAAUGGACAAGGUCAUCAAGAAAUGGAUUACUGAUUGUGAGGGCUGCCGACUAACAGGACUUCCGCAGAAACCAGAAGCGAUGCAACGAAGACCACUGCCCCUGGAAGCUUGGGUGGAUGUUGCCAUCGAUUUCCUUGGCCCGCUUCCUUCUGGGGAGUACCUCUUCGUAAUCGUUGACUACUUCAGCCGCUAUAAGGAAGUCGAAAUAAUGACCAAAAUCACAGCGAAGGACACCGUUGAUCGACUCCGUGCCAUUUUCAAGCGGCUGGGGUUCCCGAGGACAAUCAGUCUCGACAAUGCAAAGCAGUUCUUGAGUUCGGAGUUCCGGGACUAUUGUAGGGGAUGCGGUAUAACCCUGAACUACACAACACCGUACUUCCCGCAGCAAAAUGGAGAGGUCGAAAGGCAAAACAGAUCAUUGCUGAAGCGGCUGCAGAUCAGUAACGCCUUGAAACGAGACUGGAAGCAGGACCUUGACGAGUACUUGACGAUGUACUACUCUACGCCGCAUUCCAUAACCGGAAAGACACCGUCGGAGUUGAUGCUGGGACGCACGAUUAGAACCAAACUUCCGUUCUUGAGGGAAAUUGAAACCGCUCCGCCAAACGAAGAGUUCUGCGAUCGCGAUGCUAUUGCGAAGAAACAUGCUUGUGACCGUGAGAACAUCAAGCGGAACGCGAGACCUUCGUCGAUUCAAGAAGGGGAUAAAGUGUUGAUGCAAAAUUUACUACCCGGAAACAAGCUCACGACAACCUACUCUCCGGUCGAGUAUACUGUUGUACGGAAAUCUGGUACACGUUGCACAGUACAGAGCGAGGAUAGUGGAACAACCUAUGAGCGAAACUCUUCGCAUCUGAAAAAGAUUCCAACUUCAGUGCCAGCGGAAUCUGAACCACUCCGGGAAGAUUCUCCACCAGCACCAUUGGAUACCUCACCGAAGCCUGCUGAUAUCCCUAAUAUUCCGUCAAGGCCAAAGCGAGUUUGCAAACGUCCGCUGAAGUUUGAUGAUUACGUUGAUGUUCCGCUCGAUCAAUAAAGGAAGGGAGAUGUGGU